CUGUUUAGAACACCGAAAUCACACUGCCAGUUAUAAACGCCAAAUUGCGCCCGUCAAAUAGUAUUGAAUAGUGAGCUGAUAAUCAGACCGCCACCGAUACCCAAGCUGUGCAAUUGUAUAGUGACCCGUUUGGUUCGUGAGUGACGUCCGUUAGCAUGGACGGAGAAUACAUCCUUCCAAGAGUGAAGUUGGCAUACAACGGUAUCGAAAAGGACAAUAAUAUAGCCAUAGUGGACAUCGAAACCAUGCCCGAAAAAUCACGUCCUACCGAUAUUGUGAAAGAAACCAGGAAUAUUUACGAUACCGGUAAAACAAAACCCUACACGUUUAGGAAAAAACAGUUGCAGAAUCUUUUGCGUUUCAUGAUGGUCGAAGAAAAGGCAUUACUUAAAGCAUUGCACGAUGACUUGAGGAAGCCUGAAGCAGAAUCCUACCUAUUCGAAAUAGAAGCAAUAAAAUCAGAGAUUAAGGUUGCGAUAAAGAAUCUCAAGAAGUGGAUGAAACCGGAGGAACCUCGGAAACCACUCAUGCACUUCUUCGACCAAGUGAAAAUAUAUAACGAUCCUUUGGGCGUGGUUCUCGUGAUGGGUGCCUGGAACUAUCCCGUAUUACUAACUCUAAAUCCAGCAAUAGGAGCUAUAGCAGCUGGCAACUGCGUGAUAUUGAAACCGUCCGACCUGGCCCCGAACGUUGCCGAACUAUUUUCCAGCACGCUGAAUCGAUAUUUGGACAGCGAAUGCUAUCCGGUAUUUCUCGGAGGCAUACCGGAGACCACUGAUCUUCUUAAAGAGCGAUUUGAUUACAUUUUCUUCACCGGAUCGCCCCAAGUGGGCAAAAUCGUCCACAAAGCGGCGGCGAAUCAUCUAACGCCCUGUACCUUGGAGUUGGGCGGAAAAAGUCCGACCUACAUCGACAAAACGGCCGACAUAGACAUGGCCGCUAAACGGACGCUCUGGGGCAAGUUGUGCAAUUCGGGCCAGACCUGCAUCGCUCCAGAUUAUAUUCUAUGCGAUAAGGAGGUGCAGGAUAAGUUCGUUGAAUGCGCGGCGAAGCAUGUUAAGAAGUUCUUCGGGGCCAACGUAAAGUACACCGGGGACUACGCUCGAAUGAUCUCCGAAAGACACUUCGUGAGAGUGGCCAAUUUUCUAAAGAACCAGAAAAUCGCAUUGGGUGGUCAUGUGGACGCUCAGGACUUGUUCAUCCACCCGACGGUCCUGACGGACGUGAAACCCGAUGACGAAAUCAUGCAGGAGGAGAUAUUCGGACCGUUGCUACCUAUAAUCCCUGUCCGGGAUGCAAUAGAGGCAGUUAAUUUUAUCAAUCGAAGGGAGAAGCCACUAGCGUUGUACAUUUUCACCAAGGACAAGGAAGUUCAGCGAAUGUUUCUGGAAAACACCUCGAGCGGCGGCGUCACCAUAAACGAUACCCUGAUGCAUGUUAACGUUGAAACUUUACCGUUCGGAGGGGUGGGGAAUUCGGGAAUGGGUUCUUAUCACUGUAAAAAGAGCUUUGAUACUUUCACACACAAAAAGAGCGUGUUGAUAAAGAACUUUUCCGGUUUGCUGGAAUCAGCCCAAUCGGUUCGUUAUCCACCAUACAGCGACAAAAACAUAAGACUUGCUCGCUUCGCCAACAACACGCUGAACAAGACGAUUAAUAUGGAUUGGUUACCGUAUUUGGCCAUGUUUGUUUUGGGCAUAGUUCUGACGGUGAUUGCGUAUUACUUAAAAAAAUCAUACGAUGGCGAAUUAUGAAGAAAAAAGGAUUACCUUGAAAGCUGCGACAUUCUGCUAACCGAUAUUGGUGAUUUUAGCCAUGUACCUACCGAUGCGGUAGCUGCGACUGUAAACGAACAUGGUAUUACAAUGGAGAUUGCAUUGCACUUUGUACUCUUCACAUUUCGUUUUCGAAAAACCACAUAGGAAAUGCAGCUUUAAGGCCAUCGGUACGAAUAUUGAUCAAAAAUCUAGCCAAUGUUCAAACCGGAUAGUGAAAUUUAUGAUUCAUAAGGGUAGAUUUGAUGUUUUGCGAUAAUUUUGCUGGGUUUUUCGCAUGCUUGUUGUUUGUCAACCCUGUCCAGCACUCCCCUUUCUUGAACGAUACGCAAAAACAGUAUACUUUGUGUUAUCCUUUGGUUUUACUUUAUGUGGUCCUUUGAAUAUGGAUGACACAGUUAUCGUAUAUUAAAUAAUCUGGUUAUAAAUCUAAGCAAAUGGGAAAAACGUUCAAAAUGAACUAAAAACAAUGCACAAUGUGAAAACCCCUAGCAGCCUCCCAGUGCGUACAAACAGCUGACAAGCAAAUGUGCUGAAUUGUUCAUUGUUCAUUCGAAUACGGCUCUAUAAUUAUUUCUUAGCACUAGUUUUUAGAGAUACGGUUCAUCAUUUUGAUCGCAAGUUGUAAAUUAUGAAAUGGUAUAUACUGUUCUUUUAUUUAUUUAUGUUUAAGGUUCAACCUAUUGGUAUGUUUCCAU